UACUGGCACAUUGAAUGUUUCCUCUCCAGGCACUGGGCACUCUGGAAUCUCUGCGCCUGCAGAUGCACCUCCGAGAUGAGACCCUCCGGCCACUACCAACCACUAACAGAGCUGCUGUGCCAAUCCAUGGGCCCCCAUCUUAAUAGUGUCAAUGAGCUAAAUCAGUGGCUCCUGGCCCUGAGGAAAGCCUGCAGCCACAACAGACACUCCUUCCACCCAAGGGUUUACACAGGAGAAAGAUGGAGCUGCUGCCACCAGAAGGACAAAGCAGGUGAGAAGAAGCUGGACGGGGUCACAAGGUUGUUCAGUGUCCUACAGGACCUGCAGGACUCCCACACUGCAGUGGAGGAGAGGAGGUCAAAGAAUAGAAACUUUCUCCUGGAGCUGCAAACGUAACAGAACGUCAACUCAACAGGCAGUUUUCAGGCCUAGGAUGUCCCAAAUGAUACUCCCUCAUCCCCUCUAUAGUGCAUACAAAGAUAUCCCAAAAAUGCAUACAAAGAUAACCCAAACCCAUUCCCCCCCCUCAGUCCCCACCUUUUAUCUCUGGAAUGUUUUAGCAUUCAGGUCCAAAAAGUAACUUUCUGAGCACUUCUACAAUGGGCAAAUAUGAAUGGAAGGUUUCAUUCAAAUCAAAAGGUGUACUGUCAAAGUGAUUAAAUUCAAAUGGAUUUACUGUACCCUAGACUUUUUACAUGCACUUAUGAAUAUGAUGCUCUGGAACAGUAUAAACAAUUGUACAGACGAGGAGGAAAAUGCAUUUCUGAGGACAGAUUGUCUGUAUAUGUAUGCAAAUGAAUUGUUGAAGUGUUAAAAUUGAGAAUGAAUGGACCCCUGAAAGAUUAUUCUCAGAAAUGUGAAGUGGAAGAUAUUGUCAUCCCUUUAUUAAUGUUGCCAUUCUGUGUAAAUUCUAACCUUUUUUAUGUGUUAGGUUUUUAUUGUAUGUGUGCAUAUGUUCUUAUAAAUCUUAUACAUUUAUAUUGCACAUUUGUAUAUGCUAUUUUCUUUCUGUUUCACCAGGUGAAUGUAAAAUGUUGGACCAUUAACAUAGUUCAUUGUUAUUAACCACUAGGUGGCUCAGUUGCAUAAGUAUGCUUGUGAAGUGCUAUACAGUAUGGUGUAAAGUGAGGUUGCACCUAGACGCUGAUCUUGGGUCAGUUUAGCAUUUUCCCCAAUAAUGGUAAAAGGAUUGGGGGAGGAGAAGCUGAUCCUAGAUCUGUACCUAGGCAAAACUGUACCCUGGAGCUGUACGGUAUACAGGGUUGGUGUACUUUAUACUGUAUCUUUCCAGGAAGAACCAAAUGGUUAACUACUUCCAUGUUGCAUAUCAACACAUUUUGUGUAAAGCACCUGCAAGUACAGUUUGAAAUUCCAGUUCUCUCUAAUAAUUUGAGAAUUAUCUAAAUGUAAUUCAAACCAGCUAUACAGUGGACACCAAUAUGGUGCUGGCUUGUAUAGUGACUGUGUGGAUAUAGAUAGGCAAUACUUUAUACAGUUCUUUACACACAAUGCAUUCAUUUCAGAUUUAAUCAAGUGCAAUGUAUAUUAGAUUACAAAAAUGGAAAAUGUGUUGCUUUACAUGUGACCAGAGUACAUGCUUAAUUAACCGUGUGCAAGGUCAUUAAAAACUACUUGUAUUGUAUGUAAAAAAAAAAAAA